AUGCCUCUUCACACAUUUGAUACAACGCUAUAUGGCAAGAUCGUGGCAGAAAAAUUGACUCCAGAAAACUUUAAGCCGUAUGGGGGAGUUAUAUCUGCCGAUGACCAGAUCAAAAACGUCCAGUCAUCGUCUGCAAACUAUGGGACGGCAGUUAAAAUGCACAAGGUAGCUCCAAUUACCAACAAUUAUGCUCUGUGUCCUAGCAGAAAGCAGGCAACCGCCAACUGGAAUAUUUUUCGAUGCUCUGCUCCUAAGCAUCUUAUCUCAGGAUCUGGGUUCAGCAAACAGUACAAAGCCAAGGUUUUAGAGAGACAUCCAUUUUCUACUCAGACAUUUAUUCCGAUGGGUCAUUGCCCAAACGAAGCAGCAUACAUAGUAAUUGUUGCAACCACAGAUAAUUCAACAGCCCAAAACUUGCCUGAUCCAUCUACUUUAAAAGCCUUUGUUUGCAAGGGAAACCAGUCUGUGACAUAUGGAGUAGGAACAUGGCAUGCCCCCAUGGUGGUGAUAAAUGAAGCUAUUCUGUAUCUUGAUUUUGCAGUAUUCAUUCAUGAAAAUGGGGUUGCAGACGAAGAUUGCCAAGAAUGCUAUUUUGAGCCUGGGUACACUAUUGAAUACGCCAAUCCACUGACGCAACCCAAGCUCUGA